AUGAUGCUCCUGGGGAUUCUGGUGGUGGGUGCCCUUUGGGGUGUCACUACACCUCUAAUGCGAAUCGAAGGUCAAGAAGAGAAUCAGCAGCAGAAGCAAAACCCUAACAAGAGAUUGCCGCUGCUGCUGCAGCUCUUCCUUCGUUGGAGAUUCUUAGUUUUAUAUCUUCUCAAUCAGCUCGGGUCUGUCGUCUUCUACAGCCUUCUAGGCAGCUACGGUGAGUAA